ACGCCAUCUGGCUGUCACUGUCGGGUUCAGCAAUUAAGGUUCUGUGAGUAUUCAGUUUAGUGAGAGUACUUUCUCCAUAAUAAAUAUACAAUACUUGUUAUAUCAAAGGAGUAAAAUUUAUUUUAAGAUACUUUUAUAACUUUCAAUAAUAUAUAAUUUAUAAUGGAACUAAUUAAAGAGAAAGUAAAGACACCAGCAAGUAUUCUUCACGAAGAAAUGACUAAAAAAAAGUUAGUACCUACUUAUGAAUUAAUUCUUGAUGGAACGGGAAAUCCUCAUCCAUUAUUUACUUACAAGCUUACUUGCGAUAAAGAAUCAGUUGUUGGAUCUGGACGUUGUAAAAAAAUUGCUAAACAGGAGGCUGCAAAUGAAAUGUUGAAGAAGCUGAAACUUGUAAACUGCAUUUCCGAAACUUCUUCAGAUUCUCACUCUACGAUUCCUGAAUCCUCUGAUGAGGAAUUGCUACAACCACUUCUAGAUAAUGAGUCUGAUCAGAAAAAUUUGCAUUCGGAGGAUUCAAAUGCUGUACAAAUUCUAAUGAAAUUAUGUGUCGACAAUUUACUUCCAGCACCAAAUUUCGUAACGUCGAUUAUGGGACCAUCACAUACUCCCAACUUCACCACACAGUGCACAGUAUCCCAUUAUGAGGAGGUAGGUUAUGCACCUAGUAAAAAAACUGCAAAACGUUAUGCGGCUUUAAAAAUGAUUAAUGCAAUAAAAAAUGGAAAAAGUAUUCCAAUUAAUGCGGAGUGCCAAACUAUGUCAGAAUUAGGUACUUAUGUAUCGCCACGUAUAAACUACUUGCUUUCAUUAAAGAAAACAGAUAUAAGCAUGUCAAAAGAUGAAAAUCAUGUUGAAAAGUUUGUGCCUUGUGAAGAAAGCACAUCUAUUAAAACAAAUAUUUCUCCUGAAAUACAAAGUCAAUUAUCUGUAGUUAAAGAAUCUAUUGAAAAGCUACUGCAACUAAUUUAAGAUAAUUACAACCAUUAAGUUUCAAACAUUUUUGACUAAAUUUUUUUUUGUUAUUACGCAAUUUUUUCAACAGAUUUUAUUAUAAUAUAUUUGUAUUUUAUUGAUGUCCUUAUAUGAUGAUUAUAAAUUAUCAUAUAAAGUUUCAGUAUAAUGUUUUCUUAUUCACUCAUGUGGUUAAAUAUAAUUAUGAAUAUAAAUCAAAAGAAACAUCUAAAUUUCAUUUAGAAAAGUAUAUGAAAAGAAAUAUAUAUAUUGGUAUUAAUCUAAAUAAAAAAAUUUCAUAAUGAA